AUGCAUGAAAUUGGGCAUACACUUGGUUUUAUUCAUACACAAUCACGAGUCGAUCGUAACUCUUAUGUAUCAAUAGCAACAUCAAAUAUUCAAGAAGAUUAUGCAGGAAAUUUUUUUAUUUGGGUAUUUGGUACAAUAAGAUUUAGCGAUGUUACAUUUCCUUAUGAUUAUGGCUCAUUUAUGCAUUAUGAUUCAUAUGGAUUCUCAAAAAAUAAUGAACCAACAAUAAUUCCAUAUGACAGUCGAUAUGAAAAAACAAUGGGACAAAGAGAAAGAGCAGCAUUUUAUGAUUAUAAACAAAUGAAUAGACUUUAUUGUACACGGACAGAUUGUCCACAAAUGUUUAGUAAUAAUGCUUGUCAGAAUAAUGGUUAUCUUGAUCUAAAAACAUGUUCAUAUUGUAUAUGUCCUGAAGGUUUUACUGGUACUUAUUGUGAUCAAAGAGAUUCAAAUAGUAAUUGUGGAGAUACAAUUAUUAAUUCAAACCCAUAUUUAUCUACACAGAUAACUAUUCAAAAUCCUUCACCGACAAAUAUAAUACCAACACAACAAUAUUGUGUUUAUCUUAUUCGAUCUCUUUCACCGAGAAAAAUUCGUUUACGAUUAGAUUCAAUCAAUACUGUAAAACGUGCAGUAUGCAGUUUAACGUCAUCAAUUGAAGUUAAAUAUCAAAAAGAUCUUGCUUUAACUGGUGCUCGAUGGUGUGGAAAUACGAUAACACCUGAUUGGUUAAAUGUUACAGCAGAAACAAAUACAAUGAUAGUUAUAUUUCGAGCUAACAAUUCAAUUAACGUUACAACUGGAAAUCCACAAGCUAGUUUUCGUGCUACAAUUUUCUUUGAUGCUGAACCGAUACCUGUUUUAAACCCGACAAUAAUUACAACAACAACAACAACAACAACUACUACUUCUAUUAGUAGUGCAAUAUCAAUAAUUCGAACUACUAAUAGACUAAUGACGACUGAAGCAACCUCAUUGACAUGUCCUCCAUCAUCAUUUCGUUGUCAAUUACCAUCACAACCAACAUGUGGUGGAUGUCUAAAUUAUCAACCUUGUAUCAUUGAAGGUACUCAACCAUGUUUAGCAUAUACAUAUCAAGUUCAAUUAACUGAUUGUGAUAAAAUAGUAAAUGGUAUUGCUCAAUGUCGAUAUCAAUUUAUUCAAACACAAUACAUAACCAGUUGUCCACGUACUGUUCUUCUUUGUUGUCCAAAUUAUCGACUUAUUUCAAUUCAAACACAAUAUUUUUGUGUAUAUAAUCCCCAAGCAAGCAAUCUUCCCAGUGAAUGGUCACUUGUUCUCUAA